GCAACCUUGACCUAUCUGCUAGUUAGUAAUUGUCACGGAUAAACGUUAGAACACAACACCGUCUGAACGAUUUCACUGCGUGCCCCAGCAAAACAACAAAAGCUCCUUUUUUCUCAUUAUUUAACGGCAGAAUGCCGAAAUAUUACUGUGACUAUUGUGAUACAUACCUCACACACGACUCGCCUUCAGUUAGAAAGACACAUUGUAGCGGUCGUAAACAUAAAGAAAAUGUAAGAUUAUAUUAUCAGAAGUGGCUUGAAGAACAAGUACAAAAGCUUGUCGAUGACACAACUGCUGCAUUUAAAGCUGGUGUAACGGGACAACCCAAAGCUCCAGUUCCUGGUGCUAUGCCCGGCCCUCCGGCUGGUGCUAUGCCAGCAGCGCCUAUGGGUGGACCCAUGCAAGCACCGAUGCCAUUGAUGGGUCCUGGUCCCCCAGGUCCUAGACCAAUGAUGAUGCCAGGUAUGAGACCACAAAUGGUACCUAUGGGAGGUAUGGGAAUGGGACCACCAAUGGGAAUGCAGUUCAGGGGCGGACCUCCAAUGAUGGGCGGACCUCCACGUAUGAUGAACAGAUAAUACUGGCACAGUCCAGACUUAACAUGUGGGAAUGUGAAACAUUUUAAAGUUACAGAAUAUUUGUAGGGUAUUUUAAUGAAAAAAUGUGUACCAGUGUGAGAAGAGAAUCUCCAUUUAAAAAUAGAGAAUGAGAAAUGCCUUGCAUCAAAAAACUCAUCACACAUUAUCAUUCAACGUUCCAAUGAUUGGAAUCAUUAAUGGAUUGCUAUUCAGUACUGUUUUGAACAUUUAGACCAGAAAAAAACUCUUUGAAUAUGUUGAAUAUGUGGAUUUAACCAGCAGGUUUUAUUUGAUCCAGGUUGAUUAAAAUGAGUUUUUAAAUUGUAGUUAUUGAACCUUUUGAAAUUUAGACUGAAAAAAAACACAUUGAAAAUUGUGGAUAGAAAUAUUCUGUAAUAAAUAAAAUAUCAUGAACAAUGUUCCCAAGUUGCAUAGACCUAUCCUUCCUCUCUCUGUCUUACAUGAAAGCAUGAUGGUGGACUUGAUACAUUAUAUAGCUUUACAGAACUUCAUCAUUUUCAUUACAGAUGUGUUAAAUAUAACCAUCAUUAUGCCAGUCACAUUCAUUCCGUCAAAAUAUUUUGAAUACUGUAAGCUUUGUUGUAUGCUGUAUGCUGAAUGAUUGAUCUACUGUUUUCGUACACAUAACAUACUUCACAUUUGGCCGCCAACCUUGAGAGAAUUGAGGUAUUUGCUUGGUUAUAAAUACACGCCCAUCACAACUAGAUUCAUGCUCAACUGGCAGACAGAAAAUGUUGACAUUAUAUUUACAAGAUUUUUUUUAGUCAGUCAUAUACUUUCAACAAAAUGUCAUAGACUUUCUCAGUUGAUGUGACAUUGUACUGUCUGUUGUAUAUUUUGUACUACAACAAAUUGUUUGUGCAAUUAAAUUUUAAAACUAA